GGAUGGAUGCUGCGGGAAGGGGCUGCCAUUUGCUGCCCCUGCCAGCGGCGCGCGGACCUGCCCGCGCUCCUGCAGCCGCCGCCGCCGCCAGCGCCGCCAGCCCGCCCGGCCUCUGCAGCGGCGCCGCCUGCGCUCCCUCCGCGGCAGCCGGAGCGGGCGCCAUGAACCCCAGCUCCUCGGCGGGAGAGGAGAAAGCGGCGACGGGCGGCAGCAGCAGCAGCGGAAGCGGCGCCGGGAGCUGCUGCCUGGGCGCCGAGGGCGGCGCGGACCCGCGGGGCGCAGGGGCAGCCGCGGCGGCGGGGGCCGCUGCCCUGGACGAGCCCGCGGCCGCCGGCCAGAAGGAGAAGGACGAGGCGCUGGAGGAGAAGCUGAGGAACUUAACUUUCCGGAAGCAGGUCUCGUACAGGAAAGCAAUCUCCCGGGCAGGCCUCCAGCAUCUGGCUCCUGCACAUCCCCUCAGCCUUCCUGUGGCAAAUGGUCCAGCCAAGGAGCCCAGAGCGACUUUGGACUGGAGUGAGAAUGCCGUGAAUGGAGAACACCUGUGGCUGGAGACCAACGUCUCGGGAGACCUCUGCUACCUUGGAGAGGAGAACUGCCAAGUCAGAUUUGCAAAAUCAGCUCUCAGGAGGAAGUGUGCAGUCUGUAAAAUCGUCGUCCACACCGCCUGCAUUGAGCAGCUAGAAAAGAUUAAUUUCAGAUGUAAACCAACAUUUCGAGAAGGAGGCUCAAGGUCACCAAGAGAAAAUUUUGUACGUCAUCACUGGGUGCACAGGCGUCGGCAGGAGGGGAAAUGUAAGCAGUGUGGUAAGGGCUUCCAGCAAAAGUUCUCCUUCCACAGUAAAGAGAUUGUGGCUAUCAGCUGUUCCUGGUGCAAGCAGGCGUUUCACAAUAAGGUGACCUGCUUCAUGCUGCAUCACAUUGAAGAACCCUGCUCCCUGGGGGCUCAUGCUGCUGUUAUUGUCCCACCCACUUGGAUCAUUAAGGUGAAGAAACCUCAGAACUCCCUGAAGGCUUCAAAUCGGAAGAAGAAGAGAACAAGCUUUAAAAGAAAAGCCAGUAAAAGAGGGAUGGAACAGGAAAACAAAGGUCGUCCUUUUGUGAUAAAACCCAUCUCUUCUCCUCUCAUGAAACCCUUGCUUGUAUUUGUGAAUCCCAAGAGUGGAGGCAACCAGGGAACCAAAGUCCUGCAGAUGUUCAUGUGGUACCUGAAUCCACGGCAAGUCUUUGAUCUUUCUCAGGAAGGGCCAAAAGAUGCGCUUGAAUUGUAUAGGAAAGUACCAAAUCUGCGAAUUCUGGCCUGUGGUGGGGAUGGAACGGUGGGCUGGAUCCUUUCCAUCCUGGACGAACUGCAGCUGAGCCCUCAGCCUCCUGUGGGGGUCCUUCCUCUGGGGACUGGGAAUGACCUGGCUCGGACUCUCAACUGGGGAGGGGGCUACACUGAUGAACCUGUUUCUAAGAUCCUGUGCCAAGUGGAAGAUGGGACAAUUGUACAGCUAGAUCGCUGGAACCUCCAUGUGGAAAGAAACCCUGACUUGCCUCCAGAAGAACUUGAAGAUGGCGUGUGUAAGCUCCCUCUGAAUGUUUUCAAUAACUACUUCAGCCUUGGAUUUGAUGCUCAUGUCACACUGGAGUUCCAUGAAUCCAGAGAAGCAAAUCCAGAGAAAUUCAACAGUCGUUUUCGAAAUAAAAUGUUCUAUGCAGGGGCAGCUUUUUCUGACUUCCUACAGAGAAGUUCUAGAGAUCUAUCCAAACAUGUUAAAGUUGUUUGUGAUGGAACAGAUCUCACCCCAAAGAUUCAGGAACUGAAGUUCCAGUGUAUAGUAUUUUUAAAUAUACCCAGAUAUUGUGCUGGCACAAUGCCCUGGGGAAACCCAGGAGAUCACCACGAUUUCGAACCUCAACGUCAUGAUGAUGGUUAUAUUGAAGUCAUUGGAUUUACCAUGGCCUCUUUGGCAGCCCUGCAAGUUGGGGGCCAUGGAGAGAGGCUACACCAGUGUCGAGAAGUCAUGCUUCUAACUUACAAAUCCAUCCCCAUGCAAGUGGAUGGGGAACCCUGUAGGUUGGCCCCAGCUAUGAUUCGGAUCUCCCUGAGGAAUCAGGCCAACAUGGUACAGAAGAGCAAGAGGAGAACAUCCAUGCCUUUACUCAAUGAUCCCCAGUCUGUCCCAGACCGUCUGAGGAUCCGGGUGAACAAAAUCAGUUUACAAGAUUAUGAAGGAUUCCACUAUGACAAGGAGAAACUCCGAGAAGCUUCGAUACCUCUGGGUAUUCUAGUUGUGCGUGGAGACUGUGAUUUGGAGACUUGCCGUAUGUACAUAGACCGCCUACAGGAGGACCUACAGUCAGUUUCUUCUGGCUCCCAGAGAGUUCAUUACCAGGACCAUGAAACCUCCUUCCCCAGGGCUCUCUCAGCACAGAGGCUUUCCCCUCGGUGGUGCUUCCUAGAUGCAACUUCUGCUGAUCGCUUUUAUCGAAUAGACAGAUCUCAGGAACAUUUGCACUUUGUGAUGGAGAUUUCCCAAGAUGAGAUUUUUAUUCUGGACCCAGAUAUGGUGGUGUCACAGCCAGCGGGGACACCUCCGGGCAUGCCUGACCUGGUGGUGGAGCAAGCCUCGGGGAUCUCAGACUGGUGGAAUCCUGCCCUGCGGAAACGCAUGCUGAGUGACAGUGGGCUGGGGAUGAUAGCUCCCUAUUAUGAGGACUCAGAUCUGAAAGAUCUCAGCCACUCCCGCGUGCUACAGUCCCCAGUCUCCUCAGAAGAUCACGCAAUUUUGCAGGCAGUAAUAGCUGGUGAUCUUAUGAAGCUAAUAGAAAGCUAUAAAAAUGGAGGCAGUCUGCUAAUUCAGGGACCAGACCACUGUUCACUCCUUCACUACGCAGCUAAAACCGGCAACGGGGAGAUUGUGAAAUACAUCCUUGACCACGGACCUUCCGAGUUAUUGGAUAUGGCAGACAGUGAAACGGGUGAGACUGCACUGCACAAGGCUGCCUGCCAGCGGAACCGGGCUGUGUGCCAGCUUCUGGUGGAUGCAGGAGCAUCUCUGAGAAAGACGGACUCCAAGGGUAAGACACCUCAAGAAAGAGCACAGCAGGCUGGGGACCCAGACUUGGCUGCUUACCUAGAAAGCCGUCAGAACUAUAAGGUCAUUGGCCAUGAGGACCUGGAAACUGCUGUUUGACCCUGGUAUUCGGGCAAAGAGAACGUGAGCAAGCGUAUCACAUCUGCCCUCCCUGCGAUUGGGCAGCUCCCCUGGAAGAAGCUGAUGGAAUUCAUAUAUCUGUCUCUCUCCUGCAAGAAUCUACCUGAGACCAUGCCACUAGCUUUUAAGGGCUACCAAGAUGUAAAACAGAACAUGAUAGCCCAUUGAGAAGGAGGCAGGAUACCUGGAGAUUUGUGGAAUACAGUGCGAGUUCCACAAAAUUUGAUCCUUAUUGCUUCCAGCAAGUAGCAUGAACUUCUGUGUUCACCUGUAUAAUUAAUUUUAAAGAUUCAAAGGAUGUUUGUAUAAAUGGCACUGCUCCAUCCUGCCCCUAUGCAUUGAUUUUUUUUCCCUGUACCAUACAAUUCUACUGUAACUACCCAUCAACUUAAAAAAAAAAUUAUCUCUUCUCUUUACAUUCAGUCUUGGAAGACCACAAGAUUGUCUGAAGGCCUUCUAAAACCCUCUGAAUGUCCUGCAGAAAUAUAACUGUAAAACCACUUCCAUUUCUAAGACUAAAUAUAUCAAGACUAUUUAGUGACUCUCUCUGCAUGUCCCCCCCACCCCUCAACCCUCCGUUUCAUUAUAUAGGAGCUGGGAAGUGCCACAUGGAUAAUGUCAACUUGUGUGCUAUAUCUCUGAGGAAUGGUGAGGUGGCAUGGGAGAUGUCUGUGCUUGGAGGUGCCUCAGAGAGGUAACCCAGGGGUCAGCCCAGGCUGCUGGGCUGUAGCCAAUAGCCAUGCAGGACUGGUUCAGCUUGGGCUGUCUGUACAGCUCCGUACUGCCUAUGUGUAGCCAUCUUUGCCUUUUGCUGCAAUAGAAGAUGAGCAAAGGAUUAAACAGAGGCCCACAGCUAGUUUGCAGAACCACUCAAUUUUAAGUGCUGUUUAAAUUGCAGAGCAAAUAAUCCUGUGUGGGAACUGUGGUUACAGGAAAUGGAGCACUCUAACAAUGUUUACUUCUAAACUUUGUUGAGUGAUAAUAGAAAGCACCCUAAUUGACUUGAAAAAAAAAA